AUGAAGUUCACCAGUCUCAUCAAAAUUUGUCGACCUCAGUCUUCCCCAGUCAAACCAGAUGGAUUCCGGUCAAUGAAGACACUCCACCAUCCUCGGCCCGCGCAAAACCGUCGGCGGCGGGCUGCGGAGGAGAGACUAGACCAAGGAGUGCUUCCAACGCAGCCUCGAUUCCGUCGAUGCCUUGCGUGCCCACAACAGUGGAGGUUCUCAAUCGCUAGCGACCGCUCCACUCUAGACAAGCCCAAACUGCCACCCGACUUCCAAGAAGCGAGCCUCAAUGUUCUCCCGGUCAAUGUUGAACAAGAAACCGUUGAGGCCGCCGUCGGCCUCUUAGGGCUUGGCCACACCCGCCCCGUCAAACUCCUCUUCCCGCUCCAACCUGCCUGCUAA